AUGACGUUAGCAUCAUAGUGGCGCCAUCUCGUAGUCGCAAAUAAAAGCACGUUGUGAGUGUCGGCAGUGUUGUCGGUGGGAAGAUUCGAAAAUAAGAUAAUGUGAGAAAAUUUGAAGAGAUCACGAGGGGAAUACAGCUCGAAGUUACGGCCUAGAAUCUAUGCCAAUGAAGUGAAAUAUGUAAUACCAAUAAAUGAAGAGCAAAAGUCUAUCAUGACUUCUUUGGGGAAAUUGGUAUUUGGGGAUAUUCAUCAAAGAUACAUCAAAGAUUCAUCAAGGAGAGCAUUGACUCAGGAUGAUUUAUCUGCAGAAUGUACAGAUUCCUUGUCGCUUGCGUAUGAAAAUCUUUUAUACAUGCCUCUUGACAUAAUAGAGAGACACAGUAUCGCCAUAAAUACUUUAGAUAUCAGUUAUAACAAGUUUAGCAGGAAUCUACAGUUCUUGUUGGAAUUUGACCAUCUAACUUCCCUCAACUUAGACCACAAUAUUAUAGAUGAGCACACUGUGUUUCCAUAUAUGCCGCAACUCGAACUUCUCUGGUUAAAUCACAAUGGCAUAGACAACUUGUACCCUUUUAUUAAGAAUCUCCAUAAGAGCUUACCAAACCUCAAGUACUUGUGUCUUAUGGGAAAUAAUGCAGCACCCAGUUACCUCAAUGAUGGAAGCACUUACGAUUAUCUUCAAUACAGGUUGUUUGUGAUAUCCUGGUUUCCAAGGCUGGUACAUUUGGACGAUAGUAAAGUAACUGCAGAUCAACAGUUAGAAGCUAGGAGACUAUUCAAACGACCGUUGUUUGAAGAUUUUCUUCAGCAUACAACAGUACCGGAAUGUGUGAAACACUUGCAUAACAGGAUAACGAACACUUUUUGGAGUUUUGACAAACAAAGAAGAAACUUUAUUGUUUAGUCGAUAUUCAAGCACAGAUGCAAUGUACAGAUGUAGGAAAUUGAAAAGUCAAAAAAUGGCGCAUAUCUUUAUGAGAAAAAAUGAGAUUAUAAUUUCUUAUAUUUUAAUAAAAAUACUAAUAACUAA